UGCAAGAUAUAAAUAUAUAUGCAAAUAGAAAAUUGAAAGGAAGAAAAUAAGAAUAUAUGUUAAUAUAUUAUAAUCUAUCUAUUAUGUAUCAGGUUUGCUUCUACAAGACGAAAAUCUUGUUAUAUUUGUAAUGGUCAAUUUUGAACAAGUAGAUAUUAUAAAAGGCAUAAGUUUUAUUUAAGCAAGAAUAGCCCGCCAAAAAUAAAAAAAAAGGUUAUUUUUUAAUAUCAGACGUAAGACAUCAAUAAUUAAAUUGUAAACAGCAUAAAUUACAAAAAGCAGCGCAAUAAUUCUUUUCUAACCUGGUACUAGUUAUAUCUCAAAAAGUCACACGUAUUAUUCCAUUUUUCCGAGAGAAUUCGUGUUUGAUAUCACAAAGUCAAGCUCUGAUGUCGAAAAUCACUAAGCGAACGUUAUUAUAUUUAAUACGCACGAAACCGACUCGUUGACAUCGACCCACAUUCAGAACGCGCUUCUAAAAAGAUGUUAGCGCACUUUUUUGUCGCUCUAUCUUUAUCCUUCAUUAGGCAUAGAACGACAAAAAGCGCGCUAACAUCUUUAGAAGCGCGUUCUGAAUAUGGGUCAUCAUUUAAGUUAAGCUAGACAUAAAAUUACUCAUGAAUUAUAUAAGUAUUACACGAAUUAUCCCGGUCAAAAUUCAAGCACUUUAUUAUUAUAACCGUAUAUCGAUUAUCGAUAUGUCAUUACCGACAUACCGACGUUACCGACCAACAUAACAAUAAUGUUAUUUAACAACAGAUAUACUUUGACUAUAUAACCAUGCACACUGAAAUGAAAUUUACUUUCAUAAAGUGUCGUUAGAUGGUGACACCACACUCUUUUAGAUGUGCAAAUACUGCAAGUUACUUUGGUGUCUUUCGCCGCGGUUCUCGGCUUCUCGCACGAGUUACUUUGGUACGCUCAAUUUAUAUAAACAUAUUAUACGCAUACGUGAAAUACAUGAUCUGCGCGAUACACGUAACGUAAUAUGAUGCAUGCGUAGACAGUUUGGUUAUAUUAUAAUGAAGUGGUUAUAAUGAAGAGAGAAGUGUAAAUAGAAAUUUCUUAACAUCUACAACGUGCAGAAAACUGUCGAACGGGGAUGCUUACGUCAAAAUCAGAUUACGAAAAUGGAUAUCAUUUUUUUAAUAUUAUGCACUUUGUGCGCUGUUAUAAUUUCGAAAAUAAUGCCGAUAAUAUAUAAUCAGUAUGUUAUUUGGCGCAAAAUCAGACAUAUCCCUAAAGGCGAAGGAUAUCCUAUCAUUGGUGCGUCGCUACAGUUAAUCAAUCUGUCCGAGGAAGACAGAGUAACCUUGUACUUGUCACAUCUUUAUAAGUUUAAAGAAGGAAUAAUCUUAAAAUGGAUGGGGGGCCAACCAGUGAUUCAUGUAUUUAAGCCUGAAUUCUUAGAGAUUAUUUUUCCUAGUACCGUAAAUAUCGAAAAAGGAUUACAGUAUAAGCUACUGUGGCCUUGGUUAGGCAAGGGACUUCUCACCUCUACAGGAGUACAAUGGUUUCAUGAUAGAAGGCUUAUCGGGCCGACGUUUCAUUUUAGUAUAUUAGAGCAAUUUGCCAUAGUUCAAUCGGAAAAAGCAGAGAUCUUAAUAAAGUGUCUUGAGAAAGAGAUAGAAAGAAACCCAGGAAAAGCAAUCGAUAUUUUUCCUUUCGCUAUUAAUGUCGUCCUCGAUAUUAUAUGUGAAACAGCAAUGGGCGUGAAUGUACAUGCUCAAGAAGCUCAAAUCGAGUAUGUCUCAUCGGUACACAGAGCUACUAAAUUAACACUCGAGCGAAUGAUUCGACCGUGGUACUGGCUAGAUUGGUUAUACUAUCUAACGCCUAUGGGAAAAGAAUACAAAUCAUUAUUGAAUAUAUUGCAUGGAUUUACGAAAAAAGUGAUAAAUAGAAAGAAGAGAGAACGAGAAUCUACAAACGACAAUGUCAUGUCAGAAAGUGAAAACGAUCAACUUGAUGCAGGGAAGCGAAAGAGGAAAGCCUUUUUAGAUGUGUUAUUGGACGAGAAUGAGAAAGCUGACACUCCUUUAACCGAUGAUGAAUUGAGAGCACAGGUUGACACGUUCAUGUUUGAGGGUCACGACACAACCGCGGUUGCUAUAACUUGGACACUCUUUCUCUUGGGUAAUAAUCUCGAUCAUCAAGAAAGAGUUCAUGAAGAAUUGGAGCAAGUUUUUAAAGAUUCAAAGAUGCCAGCUACCGCAAAGGAGUUGUCGCAAUUAAAGUACCUCGACAGAGUAAUAAAGGAAACAUUAAGAUUAUAUCCCAGUGUACCCAUAAUCACAAGGAAAUUGGCAGAAGAUAUAAAACUAGAUCGCUAUACUUUGGCGAAGGGUACUACGGUCAUGUUAUCAAUCAUAUUAGCGCACCGAAAUCCGGAUGUUUGGCCAAAUCCGUUAAAGUUCGAUCCGGAUCGAUUUCUUCCAGAAAACUCGCAACAUAGAAAUCCAUAUGCCUAUGUUCCAUUUAGCGCAGGACCGAGAAAUUGUAUCGGUCAGAGGUUUGCUCAACUCGAGGAGAAGAUUAUAUUAACGGCUAUUCUUAGGAAAUGGAGAGUGAAAAGCGUACACUCGCCCAUCCAAGUUCCUUACAGCAUUUCACUUAUUUCUCGACCAAACAAACCAAUACUCGUUCACUUUACGCCGAAAGAAUAACACCAGCGCCAGCGAAUAAUUGUAUCUCACGUUCGUGUCAUUUACGUGAAAGUGCAUGCCUAUUGAGAUGUUAUUACAUUAAAAUGUAUAUGCGUAAUGAAUAUUUACGUUAAAAAUAAAAAUCCCAGCUCCUAGCAGAACAUAAUUUCUAUCAUCUAUAAUUUCAAAUUUCGCGCUGUCCUAACACGACACAUACAUUAUAACAUUUCGUCGGUAUUACAGGUUUCUUAACUUUAACCAUUUUUUCCGCCAGGCCCCUUCGUUUUUGUGCAAAGAUCUUAUUUGACGGUGCGCUCAACUAAUUGAUCCGCGUAUAAUAUAAUAUAAAACAUAUAAUAGCAUUUAUAAAUAUACAGUAAUGUCUCACCGCCAUACAUGCGCUUCGCGCAUGCACUAUCGUGUUUCUUGAUAGCCCGUGCGUGAGCCAUCCUCACUGCCUCAUCAUCGUCAUCUCACAGAUACUUGGACACUAAUGCAUGCGUGUCAACAAUGUGUCGCCAUGUUUUACUUGUUUGCCAUCGUGAUGUGACUGGUAUUGCGUCGCGAUGCGUACACGUCUCGAUAGUGUUCGUCGACGACGAUUAUAAAUAUCGAGAUCGAGUGAAGGAGCAGAUCCGCGAUGCGAGAUCAUAAAAUCAAUAUUUUCGUGGAUAAGCAUGGGAGUCUGCCACGUUUACGAGCAUUAUUAGUCAGAUGUAACUAUUGACGAUUUUGCUAACACUUUACGAAUCCGUGCAAGACUCAAAAAGUCAGUUACUAAUGUCUUCAAUGAAGUUCAACAGGAAGCAACGAUAGGAGAAGAGAAAGCUGAGUGGGAUGGAACGGAUGAAAAAAGUUUACCUCAAAAUAUGAAAGGAAAUAAUCACAGGGGUAAGUAUAAUAUGGACUGCAAUUGCAUUGUAAGAAGUAUCAUUAAUAUAUAUAUCUAUGUACAGUAAACCAGGCCCCUAUAUAAUCAUGUAUCGUGGUAGAAAAUUAAAACAGUUUACAUAUAACCGGUGAUUUGUCGUACAUAGAUUUAUGUAGUGCAAAACAUUCCUUGUAUCAUAGCAGAAUUUAUUGUUUAUAUGUGUCUGUGUAUUU